CACCGAUGAGUGGACGAACAGAACUUCUAUCCAAUCAGAAAGCAGUCGGCAGAUUAACGUAAUCAACACGGAAGCGGAUGUGCUGCUUGAAUCCUGCACAUUAACGAGCCGACAGCGUGUACCAUCCCGGUAAUUUGUAUUUGUAGCAGAAUCAGUGAAAACAGUUGUGAUUUUACGUGUGUGAGACACCGAGGCACGUUGAUUCUGUUAUCAUGGAGCUGCUGACAGAUGCACUGUUUUGGAUCGGUGCUGUCACUGUGGCCUGGGUGUCGGUGUGCACUCUGUGGAGUCUGCUUAACGGGAUUCGUGUGUGGUUGGUGGGGAAUGGAAAUUUGAUGAGGGCAUCCAAACUCGGGAAAUGGGCAGUUGUGACUGGGGCCACCGAUGGAAUCGGAAAAGCCUAUGCGGAGGAGCUGGCUCGACAAGGUUUUGCUAUAGUUCUCAUCAGCCGUACUCAAGAGAAGCUGGAUGAAGUGUCCAAAGAUAUCGAGAGCAAAUAUAAUGUAGAGACCAAAACCAUUUCUGCUGACUUUGGAUCUGUGGACAUCUACCCUAAGAUUGAGUCUGGACUGGCCGGACUGGAAAUAGGAGUUUUAGUUAACAAUGUUGGAGUGUCUUAUUCCUACCCAGAGUUCUUCCUCAACAUUCCUAAUAUUGACAGCUUCAUCAACAAUAUGAUCAACAUCAACAUUAUGUCAGUUUGUCAGAUGACGCGAUUGGUACUGCCCAGGAUGGUUGACAGGUCUAAAGGAGUGAUCCUGAAUGUUGCCUCAGCGAGUGGCAUGUACCCAGUUCCUCUCCUCACCCUCUAUUCUUCCUCGAAGGCCUUUGUGGACUUCUUCUCCCGUGGACUUGAUGCUGAAUACAAAAGCAAAGGGAUUAUUGUACAGAGCGUGCUGCCAUUUUUUGUGACAACCAAGCUGAGCAAAAUCAAGAGGGCAUCUCUCGACAUCCCUACUCCAGAACGCUACGUAAAAGCCCAGCUGAGUACUGUAGGCCUGCAGACUCAGUCUAACGGUUACCUCCCUCAUGCUAUUAUGGGUUGGGUGACUACUGCUCUGCUUCCUGCAAAGCUACUCAACAAAUAUGUUAUGAGCAUGGGGUUGUCCCAGCGCGCACGCUAUCUGAAGAAACAGAAGCAAGGUUAGAGACAGAAAAAAGGACAGACAGAGGGAUAAAGGAAUGGUGUGAUGAAAUGAGGGAACAACAACAAAAAUCCUUAAUAUCUCUUCCCUUUUGCUGUCAGGGGGCCAAGAGCAGUCACACCAAACUGCUCCUGAUAAGUCUGUUUGAGAUGGUACAAACCAAGCAAUGUAUUUUCCAGACGUUAGAGAAGUGUAUUGAGUUGUUGCUAACCAAAACAUGAUUUGCUUGAACAGCCUUUGCUGACCAACAGUUCUAAUUAGUUCUAUUGGACAACCCAAGAAUAGCUGAAGUCUCUGUAAUGUCCUUUGUAUCCUAACAGUCACUAUUAACAGCAUCGAUCAGUACAGUUUGUUUGGUUUUCUUUCAUGUUUAGAGAGAGUAAAUUUGUAGAUCUCUGGUAAUAGUCAUCUGAUGAACAUAAAUAAUAAUAAUAAAAAAAAAAAGUUCUUAACCUGAAUGAAAUGUCUAUUUGCACAACGGCACUCCCAUCACCAAAAUUAAAAUUUGUAUAACUAAAAUUAGGCAGGUUGCCUACAACCUUUUAAAAAUUGCAUCUGGAACGUCUACAAAAUGGUGCGUUUAUUUGUGGUCCAUAUUUGCUUUUUUCCUGUCUGACUCAGCAGUUGUUUACAAACGAAAUGCACUACAUGAACUAUUUGUGCCCAUCACAGAUGGCACUAAGCAUUCUAUCGUUAAAGCAUCUAUUUGAAAGAAGAUGCAGUUAUAUUGCACUAACAUUGUUGUGGAAAGUUUGUGUAUGCCCUGUAUGGUUCGCUUUGUAAUGCUGCUGGGGUUUUGAGGAAUUUAAGGGAGGAAAUUUCAACUCUGACAACAGAUUAAUUAAAAGUUGAGGCUGUGGUUCCAUUAUUAUCUGGUCAAUGAUAAUACAGUAUUUUCUUUCAAAACAACUCUUAGGAUUUCUAAAUGAAGAUUGGCACUUUCAGGUUUCAUUUUGUAUUACUUAAAAAAAAAAAAAAAAAAACCCCAGCAGAAUAAACUCAAUCCAUAUGUGCCUGCUUGUGAAUUAAUCUUGCAUUUCAAAUAAAACAAAAAAUCUUUCUAA